AUGUAUGUAAAUUUAGGCGUUUAUAAUUAUUCCAACUCGAAUUGUAAUUCGAAUUCCAUAGAAUAUACUCCAUCUAUAAUGCAAAGUGUCUCUAGUAUAGAGGAAACACCCUCAACAACCUCGCAUUCUUCCAUACCCCGGAUUUUCCAUUUCACGUAUACCCCACAAAGUUUAACCAUUUCUCCCCCCAUCGAGUAUUAUCAAUAUUUAGGUGGAUCAUCACAAUUCUCUUCAAAUUCGGAGUUAUCUUCUUCGUAUCCGGGAAACAUUUCCAAUUCCGAAAACAAUUCCGACCUAGAAUUGCCAUUAUCAUUGCAACAACAACAACCACUCCACUUCUUACCUCCAAAGGGACUCAAGACGCAUGUGAAAAUACAAAACAAGUAUUAUAUCAAUCAUUCUAUUAAAGUUAAUGAAAAAAUCAUUGAAAAUCAAAUUACAAUAUCUAAAUCUCAUAACAUUUUCAAAAAAAAUUUACCCAAAAACAUUUCCAUCAUCGAUUCGACUCAGUGGAAAUCUCCUCCCGUCACUCAAGUAGAAGACAGAUUCAUCAUACCACAAGAAAAGUUUAGGAAAAAAAGAUCACAUUCCCCAACAUUCGUCGAAACAAGUAGACGCCCCUCUCAAAUCUUUAAUAAACUCAAGAUUUCCAAGUUGGCUCCUACAAAUGUAACUCCGGAUUAUAAAAAUUUUAUCAACUUGCAAAAUGAUUCAAAUGAUUAUUCUUGUACUUGUGAUAGUCCUUUGAAGUUUAAAAGAAGAAAUUCUUCAUCGCUGAAAUUGAUUAAAUCUUUUAAAACAAUUGGUAAUUUUUUCACAAACACAAAUACAAAUACAAUUACAAACUCCAAUACAAUGGAACCCCCCACAUUGGAAGACAUCACAAUAGGGGAUUCACAAGUAGAUGAUUCCCCUACCAAAAAUUGUCAAAAAUGUCAAAAAUGUCAAAUCAAUACUCAACGAUAUUUUAACAAGACCCUUUUCCAUUCUUUACAUCGGAUUUCCCAAGAGAAAUUCGAUUCCAAUUAUAUAUCAACUGAUCAUAAGACAAGUAGUGGAUCUAGUGGCGUAGUAAAUAUAAUGAGACAUACCAAGAACAAUCAAUUAUUUGCCAUCAAGAAAUUUAAACCCAUUUUCGAAAAGGAAUCCAUCAAGGGGUAUUGGAAGAAAAUUUCUACUGAAUAUUGCAUUGGUACCACAUUAACUCAUCCAAAUAUUAUUAAAACAUUAGAAAUCUUGCUCGUGGAUAACAAACAUUUUUAUCAAAUCAUGGAAUAUUGUCAAUACGAUUUGUUUACCAUUGUCUCCAAGAUGCAAAUGUCAUAUCAAGAGAUUUGUUGUUGCUUUAAACAAAUAUUAAAGGGAGUUCAAUAUAUGCAUGACACUGGGAUGUCGCAUCUUGAUUUGAAAUUGGAUAAUUGUGUAAUGACAGCAACAGGUGUCGUCAAAUUAAUUGAUUUUGGUACUACAACGAUUUUCAAAUAUCCAUUUUCCAAUCAAAUCUUCCAAUCUACAGGGAUCGUGGGCAGUGAUCCAUAUUUACCACCAGAAGUGUUUCUUUUUAAUAGAUAUGAUCCACGACCUGUUGAUGUUUGGUCUUUGGGGAUCAUUUUCUUUUGUAUGGUGGUGAAACGAUUCCCUUGGAAAAUCCCCAUCUUAGUAGAUGAAUCGUUCCGGUUAUUUUGUUUGGGGAGAGACUCGAACUCUCUUUCACAAAUCAUUUGUCAAGUUCCAGACCCAGAUGAGCCUUCACCUUCUAUAAACUCUUUAAAACAAUACACCUCUGAAUAUAUUGCCACUCUAUUAAAUGAACCACCAAAUAUUGGACCUUCAAGAAUCUUACGAGCAUUACCCAAAGAAAGUCAUUCAGUAAUUGGGAGUAUGAUUGAAAUACCACCAGCAUAUCGUGCUACAGUAACUGAAAUUUUAAAUUCUAAUUGGAUCACAAGUAUACAAGAGUGCACUGUUACUAAAGAUGAUCAAACGAUACCUGGCCCAUUUUGUGAUCAUACAAAUCUCACAAGAAUAAAAACAACAAUAUCAAACCCUCAAUCUUCCACCAGACUAAUAGCGUGA